AGCGCACACUCUAUCAAUGAAUGCGCGGAAGACACCGAACAUCCAUUAGCGCGCGAGACACUAUUAGCGCAGCAAAGCUGCACGAGGACUUCUAUGUGUCUUUUUGAACAGUGACACAUGUAAAAAGUUUUACAGGACUUUUAACGAGGCGAAUAUCAGAACUUUUCAAGAACAUCACUCUUUAAGGCUAAAGUCGCAUACUGGGACACAAUGCAUUGUCAAGCAGAGUUGAGACUCGCGAGCACUGCGCAGCUGAAAGCAGCCCGAAGACGAUAUAAGACGUUCAUGAUCGACGAGAUCCUCUCCAAGGAAACUUGUGAUUACUUCGAGAAACUUUCUCUUUACUCGGUUUGUCCCUCUUUAAUCGUCAGACCAAAACCUCUGCAUUCAUGCUCGGGCUCUGGCCCUCUGAGAACAUACCCGCUCCUCUCUGUGAUCACACACCAACCUCCCAGCAGCCUACAACAGCUCUCUCAGGUCUCUCCUCAAGGCCGGAUCCCUCACCUGCCCCUUCUUUCCCCCCAGCACCCGCUCUGCUCAGAACCCACACCCAGCGAGACACCCGUCAGCAUCAGUAGUGAAUCAGAGAUAGAGCACUCAGCCCUUCGGCUCAAGAAGCCCCGCCGCAGUCGUACCAUCUUUACCGAGCUGCAGCUUUUGGGCCUGGAGAAAAAAUUCCAAAAACAGAAAUAUCUGUCAACUCCAGACAGACUGGACCUGGCUCAGACUUUGGGACUUACACAACUCCAGGUGAAGACAUGGUACCAGAACAGACGAAUGAAAUGGAAGAAAAUGGUGUUAAAAGGAGGACAUGAGGCUCCCACCAAGCCCAAAGGCAGGCCUAAGAAGAACUCUAUCCCGACCACAGAGGAGAUUGAGGCAGAGGAACGGCUUGCGGCGAAGCAGGGAGAGGAGGAGAGGCUACAAGCAGAAGCCCAGGCUGAAAUGCAUCUUCAGUCGCAUGGGGAGGUCUUUCAAUCUCAGCCUCAAGAUCUGAGCACAUCUGCUAUGUCUACUGAGUCCAUCUGUCCCUCUGAUCCAGAGAAUUCUGCUUGGAAACAAGCCCCUGCAUCUCCAUCAGAAGCAAUGGCAACCAGCUAAACACAGCCAUGCUAAUGCACAACCAAAGACAGCUACUGAAAGACUUUUUGAUAACUGAUGCUCUCUGAACUGGAGCUGUUGAAAGGCCUCCAAAACAUAUUGUUUGAGUUAAAUACAAUAGCUUCAAGAAGUAUUUGGAUAUUUAAGCCACACCUAAAAAUCUACAAAUGUCAUUGCAUUAAAUAACAAAAUAUCAAAACCAAUCCAAUAGGCUUUUAUAAUUAUGAAAGGUAGCCCACUUUUCAUGCAAUCAUUUUACAAAAGGAAAUUUGCUAGGUUUUAAAUUAUGAAAAAAAAAAAAAAAAAAAAAAAAAUAAUAAUAAUAAAAUAAAAUAAAAUAGAUAUACUGUUUAGUUUCUUUCUAGUUGUCAUACUUAAGGUGCAGUCACACUCGGCUUUAACUAAAUGUCACAGAUUGACCUCUCUUGGCUCAAUACAAAGAAUACAAACUCCAAAGCAGCAUGGUUUGCAGUGUCCUAAGUAAUGUUGCAUGCUCAAAGCGCAGUGUGACCUCACCUUUGGUGGACCAUGUCUAUAGUUAAUGUGAUUAUGCACCUGUGGUUACUCUGUUAGGACACCUGUGUGAACUUGUGGGGAACUGAUUUCAUACUUUAUCUUCUAAAAUCAUUCCUAGUUAGUUCUGAGAAUAGGUCUUGCAUUAUUUGUUUGCAGAUACCACUUGUUUUGAUAUUUAGUUUUUCUAAUGCAAAAACAUUCAUACAUUUUUAAGUGUGGCUUAAGUGUCCAAAGACUUUUCACUGGCCACUGUAUAUAGCAAUGCAGUGAUCAAUCAGUUUCUGUCAUACACCUGCCUUUCUAUAAUGUAGUCAGUAUUUUAUGAAUAUGUAUAGUAUGGUUUUUAACACCGUUGAUACUCUAUGCUGCCAGAUACUCUAACAUAAAACUGAAUCACACAGACCCACGUCUCACACUAGUAUGGCAUGUUCUAUAUUGAUAAAUGGUGUUUAUUUUUUCCUGGAUAAGUUGCUCUCCUUCUCUGUAAAUAUUACCUUUUUAAAUGCCCCUAUAGUUUACAGUGCACCUGUGUACUGUAGCUUGGGAUUCUGUGCCAAAACACAUAAAUCUAAGAAGCUAAAUUUCCCUUUGGGAAUUUUGUACUUUUUUUUUUUUUUUUUUACAUCUAUGAAGCUACUGCCAUUAAACGUUAAUGGGACAGGUUAGCAUGAAUACCAGUGUAAACACGUACAUAGUUCUGGCAUUUACAUGAGAACAUGUGGCACUUAAAUUUUUUUUUUUAAAAAAAGCAGGAUUGUCCAGUUUGGGUAAAGAUUAACUUGACAUCUUAAUAGACAAAGAAUCUGUCAACGGAGUAUCGCAAAAGAAAAUAAAUUUUAAGAAACAUUAA